GGCGCCUGCGCCCUGGGCAGCGCGGCUGGCGGAAGGUAGCGGGGUUUCGGCGUCGGCCGAUUCGCUGGGCGCGAAGCCGCCAACCCCCUUCCCUCAUCUUCCUUCACCCCCGGCACUGCAACCUUUCGCGAUGAGGCUGUGCCCACCGGCGGCGGCGGCGAGGCGAGCUUGAGAUCGCCGCCGCCGGAGCUGCCGUUGCGUCCGCCAAGAUGGCGUGUGUGCUGGAGGCGCCGCUCCGCAUGAGCGUCCUCUCGGAGGUAACGGCAAGUAGCCGCCACUAUGUUGAUAGAUUAUUUGACCUCGAUCCUCAGAAAGUCCUGCAAGGUGUCAUAUGCUCUGAGCCCUGGGUGGCCCUCCCUCCCUGCUCUCCUUUCUUUCCAAAGGACUGGAACCCACAACCUUUGGUUGCUGUAUUUGCUUCAGCAAGAAAGCUCCAGCACAGAACUGAGAACAGAAUGUGCAGUGGUCCUUGGAAGCCUUGCAAUGGGUACCGAGAAUAAUGUCAAAUCCCUACUAGACUGCCAUAUUAUCCCAGCCUUACUGCAAGGGUUACUGUCACCAGAUUUGAAGUUUAUUGAAGCUUGCUUGCGAUGUCUCCGUACCAUUUUCAUCAGUCCUGUAACUCCAGAGGAUCUACUCUACACAGAUGCUACAGUUAUCUCCCACCUCAUGGCACUGCUCAGUAGGUCUCGAUAUACACAGGAAUACAUAUGCCAGAUCUUCUCACAUUGCUGCAAAGGUCCAGAUCACCAGACAAUCUUAUUUAACUGUGGAGCUGUUCAGAACAUUGCACAUCUGUUAGUCUCCACCUCCUACAAAGUUCGAAUGCAGGCAUUGAAAUGCUUCUCAGUUCUAGCCUUUGAAAACCCACAGGUAUCAAUGACACUUGUAAAUGUGUCAGUCGAUGGAGAGUUGUUACCACAGAUCUUUGUGAAGAUGUUACAAAGGGACAAGCCUAUUGAAAUGCAGCUCACAUCAGCCAAAUGCCUUACUUCCAUGUGCAGAGCUGGAGCAAUACGGACAGACGAUUCUUGCAUCGUUCUUAAGACUCUACCAUGCUUGGUUCGAAUGUGCAGUAAGGAAAGACUGCUGGAGGAGCGAGUAGAAGGAGCAGAAACCUUGGCCUACUUGAUCGAGACAGAUGUGGAGCUCCAGAGAAUCGCCAGCAUUACCGACCACCUCAUUGUCAUGCUUGCUGACUACUUCAAGUAUCCCAGCUCAGUGAGUGCCAUCACUGACAUCAAGAGGCUUGACCAUGAUUUGAAGCAUGCCCACGAACUGCGUCAGGCUGCUUUCAAGCUCUAUGCUUCCCUGGGAGCAAAUGAUGAAGAUAUCCGAAAGAAGAUCAUUGAGACUGAAAACAUGAUGGACCGUAUCGUUAACGGCUUGUCUGAAUCCAGCAUCAAGGUGCGAUUAGCUGCAGUCAGGUGUCUGCACAGUUUGUCCCGUUCUGUACAGCAGCUCAGGACAAGUUUUCAGGAUCAUGCUGUAUGGAAACCUCUAAUGAAAGUUUUACAGAAUGCUCCAAAUGAAAUUCUUGUAGUAGCAUCUUCCACGCUAUGCAACCUUCUUCUGGAGUUCUCCCCAAGCAAGGAGCCUAUUUUAGAAUCAGGAGCCAUAGAACUUCUAUGUAGUUUGACACAGAGUGAAAACCUCGCCUUGCGAGUGAAUGGCGUUUGGGCUUUAAUGAAUAUGGCGUUUCAAGCAGAACAGAAGAUCAAAUCAGACAUCUUACGAGGCCUGAGCACAGAGCAGUUAUUUCAGUUGCUUUCUGAUUCUGAUGUAAAUGUUCUGAUGAAAACUUUGGGACUGCUCAGGAAUCUUCUCUCUACUCGCCCACACAUAGACCAUAUAAUGAGCACUCAUGGGAAGCAAAUCAUGCAAGCAGUGACGCUCAUUCUGGAAGGGGAGCACAAUAUAGAAGUGAAAGAGCAGACAUUGUGCAUACUUGCUAAUAUAGCAGAUGGAACAUCAGCAAAAGAACUGAUUAUGACCAAUGAUGACAUCCUGCAGAAAAUCAAAUACUACAUGAGUCAUUCAAAUGCUAAACUUCAGCUUGCUGCCAUGUUCUGUAUAUCUAAUCUCAUAUGGAAUGAAGAAGAAGGUUCACAAGAACGCCAAGAUAAACUACGAGACAUGGGAAUAGUAGAUAUUCUACACAAAUUGAGUCAGUCAUCAGAUCCAAAUCUGUGUGACAAGGCGAAGACAGCACUCCAGCAGUAUCUUGCAUGAUCAGAGACUAAUUGAAUCUAUGGACACCCCUCAUGUCUACUUAAGGAAUAGCAGGAGAUAUUCCUGACUCCUUAUAUUUGCACAAGUCACCUUGGGCUGCAUUUUUCUCAGGUGCAGGGAGCUGCUUUGCAGAAACAAUUUAAAUGAUCAGGUCUCCAGUGCACUUGAGAAUUUUCUUGAGGUAGUUUCUUUACUCAGAGGACUCCAGGGGGGUUGUUUUGGGUUUUUUUUGGUUGGUUUUGGGUUUUUUGGUUGAUGGUUUGGUUUAUUUUUUUUUUCUCCUGAGCUACCUGGACUUUCAGAUAGAGCAAUCAGUCACCAUUUUUGUUUUGGGCCUCCAAUUUCCUGCUUUUGCUGCAGCCUGUUGCGUGUAUGUGUGUGGGUGUGGGUAUGCUUGGGUGAAUGCGUGUGGGUGUGAGACCUCAGUUUUGGUUUUUUGGGGUUUUUUUUUUGUGUGAAAAUCUUUUUCUACAGGUUUUCAAGGGUUAACCAUUAUUUGCUGUACGAAUACUUCAAUGAAUUAUAUACAGUUUGAAUGAAAUGUUAUUUAAAAAAAAAGACAAACAAACCAAACUGUUGUAUCCCAUAGAGUUUAUUUUGAAUUUUGAACAGAUGAAUGUUUUUAAGUAAAAUAUAUGCAUUUCUGAACUUCAGCUUAACUUACAUUAUACUUCCUUUUUAAAGAGAAAAACAGAGGGAGACAGUAACCCCCGAGUCAUAAGCAGCACAUUCUGUAUUGACAAAAGGUCCAAGAGGUGUUUUUUUCUUGCUGGCAUACAAGGUCACUUGGUACUGAUGAUAUGUUCAAACCCAUGGAAUAGGUGAACUGGACUGUUUGGAGUUUCUUUAGGUGUUUAGAAGGAAAGCUCAUACCUGAGAGCUAGCAUGACUGUUGACUUCUAGAAAGGAACAGGUGGCUGCAGUAUCAGCAGGCAUAAGCUAUUGCAUUAGUAGCCAAGAACUUGCUCAUAGUUGCUGAAGAAUUAACUUUAUCUCACUGGUGAUAAAUACUUGCUGGUCACUAAUCUCAAUAGAGCAAAGAGUAUGUUGCAGAAGUUACACUUUGAGGAGACCAGAAGGAGCUGGCAAGCAGUGAUUGGGGGGGGAUUGCUUUGGGUUUGCAUCCUUUACUUGCAAAUAUAGAGAAGUGACUUACAAAUGAUUUCCAUGAAAGUUCAGCUGGGUGCGUUAAGCUGGGGAAGGUGUGGAAAAAUUGGGGGAUUGGUUUGGUGGUUUGGGGAUGUUUUUGCUCAGUAAUGUUGCUACAGAUUUUGUGUAUAUGUGCAGAUAUACACACUUGCAUGAACUGGGAUAUCUGGAUAAUAAGCAAUGGCAUUUUAAUGCGUUCAGAAACAUAGAUUGUCCAUUAGUUCCUGAAAUUGUGCCUGUAAGUGUAGAGAGAAGAACAGGAGUACAGACAACUGUGUAAAGUUAGGCUGGAAUAUGAGUCCUCAGUGGCUUCACAGUCAGAUAUGCACAGCAAGGAGAUCUCCUUCAUGAAGUUCAGGGUUCUUGCUUUAUUUCAAUGUCUGCUUUCUGAUUUCAGUUUAGGUGAUAGUUUUCAUAGUUAGAAUCUCCAAACACUAUAUUUACAUAGCACACUAACAGGCAUGCUAAAGAUUGCAGCCAAUGUCUUAAACCAAAUCUUUGUUACAUUGAACUUCAGGAAGGCUGCAGCAAGAAGAGAGGUCUGUAACUCUGCUAACCAAUUCUGAUAAGUACCUUAAUCUUUUCUUUCUCAUCAGAAGGUCAAAUUGUGACAGCCUUACUUUUUUCCAAGGUAAUGACUUGUUUCAGAAAAUGUGACCAGUUUGGCCUGGAAUUGGAAUGUGCUGUGUAUCAGAUAACUGUUAUCACUUGGUUGCAAAGGAGAACAUCUACAUUUCAUGUAGCUUUUUCCACUCUUGAAAGACAAAUAAAAGUGAGCACCUGACACUUUUUCCCCUAGGCAUUGCAGUAAGUGACUGGCAUUUUUUGAUGUCCUCCUGCAAAAUUUUCACGUUGGACUUUGGGGGCUGAACAAGGGGAAAGCAAAAAUAUGUGAGAACUUGAUAACUAUCAGUACCUCAGAAGAGAAACCUUAUGUAUAAAAUACAAUCAAAUUUAUUUUUCACUUGAAGUUGGAAAAAAAAGUUCUGAGGCAGAUGUUGUAAAUGCAGAACUGUACAGCGCGCACCUGACUUCCAAAUUUGCACUCCUGACAGGUAUGUUUAGAAGCUCAAGUUCUUACAUAUCUCUUCUCACCCUUCCCCAGUUCAUGCUUCUAAAAGCCAAUCUAAGUUUGAUUCUCUAAAGCUUUGGGGCCUAAAGGUGUUCAGAGGAAAAAAGGUAAGGAUCUGUGUAGGUCUUUUCAGGUGGUUUCUUAAAUUGUUGCCAGAGAAACUAAGUAACAAUGCUCAGACAAUCUUGCUGCUGCAUGAGAACAGUUGACAUUUUCCACAGGUAUUGACAGGACAAACUGUUGGAUGAGAACAUUUUUUACAUUCAGUUAAGCUUUGUGAAUAAUUUUUGAUGUUGCUACAGGUAUGUACAAAAAGAAGCAUACUGUAAAUAAAAAGAACUUUACCAGAACACUUAGGUUUUUCUCAGCUUCAUGGAGAAAUCUCAGCUUUCUCUGCCAGCUUCUCUACAGACUGAGAUUCAGAGUGGGAACAAAUUUGUUUGCCUUUACCAACUCUAGGUUAGCAGUGUCCCAAGAAUUACUGGGUUGCUUGCAGAACCAAAGCAAAUGCAGAGGUUGUGUGGACAUAAGACUACUCUUCAGGAUUUCUGCUCUUGUGACAGUCCUAUUGAAUUCUGGUAAGUGUGUCUACUCUUCCUGUCUAGGUCCAGGGAUGGUAGCCUUUCUCUCAAAGGUUGUGUGUGUCAGAAAAGUGAAUAGCUCUGCGUGAAGUUUGGUGUGAUAAUUGCCAGACAGCUGGUGCACUUGGGUGAUCUCUACUGCUUCCAGCACAUAUUUGCAGUAGUCUCUCUCACACUCAAAGUCAAAUGAAACUUGGCAUUCCAAGAGCAGGUUUGCAUUGCAAUAGUGAAGAAAGCCAGGUGACCUGCUUAGAAACAUCUUGUGCCAGGAUCUUCUCAAGGCAAACAUCUGUCUGCUUUUUAAUGUAUUUUUACAGACUUUAACCAUUACAGUAGAUGCUGCACCUCUGUGAAACUGCUCAAGCAGUGACACGAGAGGCAGAGGAACAACUGAGGUGCAUGAGGUACGUUCUUGAAAGCUAGAGAAUGAGUUUAACAAGGCUGGCAUGGCAAUCUGAAAAUGGAACCACAGUUUUAUGUGUUGUAAACAAGCAAAAUUUCAGUGGUGGUUAAAAACAUCUGGAAGCUUACUUAUACAACAGGAGACAGAUGCUGGAUGAACCCAAGGCUGUGGUUUGCUCUGAUCUUUGUCCCUACCAAGCCUCAGCCCCACCAUGUCCUCAGGAGGCAACGGACGGUGUCCCCUUCAGAUGGCCAGGGGCAGUGGGGCAGUGGAUGUGCCCAAAACCCAAAUCCUCAACCAAGAGAGACUUCCACCAGCUGAAGCAGCAGGCCAUCAGAUAUGUGCCACAUGAACAGAAGCGCCUCUAAGGUCUGCACAUGGAGCAAUGGAAUGGAAAUGGACAGGGGAAGCAUUGCUGCCCCAGUGGGCACUGCCCUGAGGAGUGCUGGUCUUAGGCACUGUGCUCUCACUGCAGAUAAGAGAAUAAAACCAACUUAAGCUGU